GUGCACGGAUCGGUCCCGACGCAGCAUCCAGACCUCACACCGACUCCAGAGAGACUCAGGCCGGGACGGAGCUCCGCUGGACGGGGGAGGAGGACCGGGGAUCUGCGCGAGAGCUCAGGGGGAGAACUCCGAUUGAACCUCCGCUGAAUCCUGCUGCAGUUCUGAGGCUCAACUACAAGAUUCAAAGACUCAGAGGAGGAUGAAUCCUCAGUGCGCAAGAUGUGGGAAGAUCGUUUACCCGACAGAGAAAGUCAGCUGCCUGGACAAGGAUUCUGCAAAAGCGCGGCUGUGGUUUGUGUCAGAGAAGAACUCAUUUAAUUAUAGUGUUGAUAUUCAGGAUCCACAUUACCCCAAGACAUCGUUCACCAUCGUGGCCGACACACCAGAGAACCUGAGACUGAGACAGCAGAGCGAGCUGCAGAGCCAGGUGAAGUAUAAGAAGGACUUUGAGGAGAGUAAAGGCCGAGGGUUCAGCAUCGUGUCCGACACUCCGGAGAUGCAAAGACUCAGAAGGACUCAGGAGCAGAUCAGUAAUGUAUGUGUUCACGCACACAUUGUCCUGGUGUUGUAUGAGCGAGUGAGUGAAUGUGAUGAGAAGGAUUUACGUGAAUGGUAUGAGGAGGGGUGCACUUAGUUGGUGAGCAAAGUCACACACACACACACACACACACACACACACACACACACACCAUGGAGCCCUCCAGUGUUGCCGACACCAGACGUUUUGAAGUGGAGCUUCGUCUUCAACCUUCAGCGUAAGUGAGCACGAGUUUUUGUUUUUAUAAAAUCAAGUUGGCUUCUUUAAUCAGUUCUUAGUUUAAGACUAUGACGACAAAGUGUAGUUUUUAUAGUGUCAGGAUACCGAGGAUUACGUGAGUGAUGAUGAAGGCGCCUGUAGUCGAGUAAACGAUGAAGAGAACACGUCGAGAAGUGAUUCGAAGUUAA